GGGCGCAUGCGUGCUGCCGGCGCUGGUGCGGGACAGCUGGCGCCGGCAGCAACCCCGGGUCGGAGACAGCGGUCGCGGCAGCGGGAGCAAGCUUCGCUGGAGCCGCAGCCGCCGCCGCCCCGGCACGGAAGGAACCUUGGCAGCCGACGGACCCUUCCUCGCUUUUGGAAAUGGCGGGUGAAAUCACAGAGACCGGGGAGCUCUAUUCUCCUUAUGUCGGACUGGUGUAUAUGUUUAACCUCAUCGUGGGCACUGGCGCGCUCACCAUGCCCAAGGCCUUUGCCACGGCCGGGUGGCUCGUCAGCCUGGUCCUGCUGGUGUUCCUGGGCUUCAUGAGUUUUGUGACAACUACCUUUGUAGUGGAGGCCAUGGCGGCAGCCAACGCUCAGCUCCGCUGGAAGAGGAUGGAAACCCAUCAGGAGGAGGAGGACGACGACUCCUCCACGGCCUCUGACAGUGACGUCCUCAUCCAGGACAGCUACGAGCGGGCAGAGAAACGGCCCAUCCUGUCUGUGCAGAGGCACGGAUCUCCGAACCUUUUUGAGAUCACAGACCGGGUGGAGAUGGGGCAGAUGGCCUCCAUGUUCUUCAAUAAAGUGGGGGUCAACCUGUUCUAUUUCUGCAUCAUCAUCUACCUGUAUGGGGACCUGGCCAUCUAUGCUGCCGCCGUGCCCUUCUCUCUCAUGCAGGUGACGUGCAGCGCCCUGGGCAACGACUCCUGCGGAGUAGAGGCCGAUGCCAAGUACAACGACACGGACCUGUGCUGGGGGCCCCUGCACCGCGUGGACGCCUACCGCAUCUACCUGGCUGUCUUCACUCUCCUCCUCGGACCCUUCACCUUCUUUGACGUCCAGAAGACCAAGUACCUGCAGAUCCUGACGUCGCUGAUGAGAUGGAUCGCUUUCACCAUCAUGAUCGUGCUGGCCCUGGUCCACAUCGGGCAUGGGCGUGGGGACGGGCACCCGCCGCUGGCCGACUUCUCCGGGGUCCGGAACCUGUUUGGCGUGUGCGUCUACUCCUUCAUGUGCCAGCACUCCCUGCCGUCCCUCGUCACCCCCGUCUCCUCCAAGCGCCACCUCACGCGCCUGGUCUUCCUGGACUACGUGCUGAUCCUGGCCUUCUACGGCCUCCUCUCCUUCACCGCCAUCUUCUGCUUCCGCGGUGACAGCCUCCUGGACAUGUACACCCUCAACUUUGCGCGCUGCGAUGUCGUGGGCCUGGCGGCCGUGCGCUUCUUCCUGGGCCUCUUCCCCGUCUUCACCAUCAGCACCAACUUCCCCAUCAUCGCCGUGACCCUGCGCAACAACUGGAAGACGCUUUUCCACCGAGAGGGGGGCACGUACCCCUGGGUGGUGGACCGCGUGGUGUUCCCCACCAUCACCCUGCUGCCCCCUGUGCUGGUGGCCUUCUGCACCCACGACCUGGAGUCCCUGGUGGGCAUCACGGGGGCCUACGCGGGCACGGGCAUCCAGUACGUCAUCCCCGCCUUCCUGGUGCACCUCUGCCGCAAGGACACCCAGCUGGCCUUCGGCUACGGGGCCAUCAACAAGCACGGGUCCCCUUUCCGCCACACCUUCUGGGUGGGCUUUGUGUUGCUCUGGGCUUUCUCCUGCUUCUUCUUUGUCACCGCCAACAUCGUCCUCAGCGAGACUAAGCUCUGA